CUAAACCGCUGUCCUCACCCAAAAGCCUCAGCACUCCAAAAGUCCAACCAGUUAGCGAUCGGUCCCACUCACAGGCAGUCCUUCCUGACCAGCAGAUCGGUGACUGAACAUCUCUUAUAACAAUGGGAGAUUGGGGCUUUCUGUCGACUUUGCUGGACCAGGUCCAGUCCCAUUCCACGGUCAUCGGGAAGAUCUGGAUGAGCGUCCUCUUCCUGUUCAGGAUCAUGGUUCUGGGUGCAGGUGCCGAAAGCGUCUGGGGUGACGAGCAGUCGGGUUUCAUAUGCAACACCCUACAACCUGGUUGCGAGAACGUCUGCUACGACUGGACCUUCCCCAUCUCACACAUUCGCUUCUGGGUCCUUCAGAUCAUCUUCGUCUCCACACCGACGCUGAUCUACCUGGGCCAUGCCAUGCACAUCAUCCAAAAGGAGAAAAAGCUGAGGGAGAAGAUCUCAAGCCCAGGAGGGAGCAGGGUGCACAAAUUGCCCAAAUACACAAACGAGGCAGGAAAGGUGAAGAUCAAGGGGAACCUUCUGGGGAGCUACCUGACCCAGCUAGUGUUCAAGAUCAUUAUCGAGGCCGCGUUCAUCGUGGGUCAGUACUACCUGUACGGCUUCGUCAUGGUCCCCAUGUUCCCCUGCUCCAAGAGCCCAUGUCCCUUCACUGUCGAGUGCUACAUGUCCCGACCCACAGAGAAAACCAUCUUCAUCAUCUUCAUGCUGGUGGUGGCCUGCGUCUCUCUGUUGCUCAACUUCAUCGAGGUGUUCUACCUGCUCUGCACCCGGAUCAGGUGCAGGUCCCAGCGUAACACUCACAAGAUCACGUCAGCGGAAAAUCCAGCCAGCCUGUCGGGUCCAAGGUGGCCGACCACAGGCGAUGCACACAAGCAGAACAAGCUGAACAUGGAGCUGGAGAGCAGCAGUAUUGGGGGAAGUCUGGAUGGCGCCAAGGAGGAGAAAAAACUACUGAGCGAUCAUUGAAAAAAUAAAUGUCUCCCCCCCGACCCCAAAAGACUGAAAUGAAAAGUUCUUACAUUGUAGUGCACAAAUCACAAGUUUCAAGUUGAAGCUUGAUCCUUGUGCAGUAAAGUGAAGUUCUUGUUGUAAAAGUUCUUGUUUGGGCCACUUUGUUAGAAUGUCACUUUGUACUUUUAAAAGGAAUUUUAAGAAUGGAAACUGUGCAAUAUUGACAAUAUAUUUAUGUUGCUCGUAACCCGUUUGCUAAUCCAUGAGUUAGCCGAAUUUUUGUUCCAUUGCCCAGUUGUGAAUGUGUUCUUUAACUUAUUGUCAUGUUCAUUAUCUAGGACUAGAAGAUAUAUGCUUACAGAAAUAUGAUGAUGAUUGUCCUGAAGAGUCUACUGCGUGUUGUAAAUGAACUUUUGUAUGCUGUAUUGUUUGUAAUAAAUGAUUAAAUUUGGAUAAAAAAUAAUAA